CUUCUUUAUGUCCGGGAGAUUUAAAAGUGGGAGCUCCCCUGCCUGGCGACUCCAAAGCAGGAGGGGAGAGGAGGGGAAAGCGCGGAAGCAGCGGGACCCAAGAAAGCCAGGCGCAGGACGACGGUAUGCAAAGGGCAAGCGCUUGCCGGCGCCGGCAGCCUCCAGCCUCUUACCAGAGUGGUAGUUGCGGCGCCUGCCAUCCCAGUCGCAGGAAGCUGCAGCCCAGCUCCGAAGCCCCCUGCAGGCGGCUCGUCCUCUUCCUUCUCGCCUUCUGGGUGACCUCGUGCAAAGGUGCACCAAUGGUAUCCCAUGCUCUACAAGAAGAACAAGAUUUGCAAUUGUGGAAUGAGAUCAAUGAUGUCUGUUCUGCUUACCUGGCCAGAGAUACUCAGCCUCAGUCAUCUAGUGCAUUGGAGGAACUUUGCUUUAUGGUUCUGGGACUCCUACAGAAAACUCAGGAAUUAGAUGAAAAAGAAAACACCAAAAGAUUCUUAUUUCAUUAUUCUAAGACUCAUGACACAGGCAACUCAGACACCAUGUCGUCUGUCCUGCAUCCUUUGCUGCAACUUGUUCCCCAACUGCAUGAGAGGAGACUGAAGAGAUACAAAGAGGACGAAGAACUUCGAAUACCUGGAGGAAUUCAGAGUAGGGGAUACUUUGUCUUCAGGCCACGCAAUGGACGAAGAUCAGCUGCUUUUCGUUAAAAUGGUUUACUCAUCCUUGACCUAGAAUAUCAUAGGAUUGCAGACAAGAUGGGUGUCCUUAUCCUUUAUCAUAUGUAAAUGGUUUUUUUUUUAAAUAUACUGCAUCCUCAGUGUAAAUUUCUUACAAAUGCUGCAAAUGCUUUUCUUGAAGUACCUAUAAAGAAUUCCAUUCCCUCACAUUCUGAUGUUUGCAACUGUGUGUAAUAAAGCUAUAAACAAAAUGA